GUUGGAGAGACAGUACCAGGACCUGAUGCAACAGCAUCAGGAGUUGGCACAGCUCCACCGCAUGGUGCAGAGCCACGAGGAUGCAACUUGGACACUCAAUGCCCGAUUGUUGGACCUGGAACAGGCUGUACCAGGACCAGCUGCUGGAGCUUCCAGCAGUGCACCCUCAAGCCGCCAACUGGAGGACCGCGUUGACCACGUAGURGCAAUGCUCGGCGACAUCAGCACCUUCGYUGCGCCGACCACCACCAUCAKCAAUYAGCUGCAUACAUUGAAGACCGAGGUCCAGAAGCUGCAGUCGACAAACGCGGACGACAAUCCGAAGAUGUACAAGAUGCCAACUUUCAGCCUGGAGAGGUUCGACGACUACACGCAGCAGGAUCCUGUCCUCUCGUGGGAAGCAUUCACAACACAACUCAGGAUUCUGCCAGUAGCCAAGCACGCGUACAUCGGCGCCCUGUUCCUGAACUCAAAGGGCGGAUGCCAGACCUGGUUGAGCCACSUGGCAACCUCCCACGGCGUCGACGUACCAGACUUGAAGGACGUAAUCACAUGGGAGGAACUGACACGGCUGUGGAAGAAGCGGUUCAUCGUCGAUGAUGCGCCGGCACUCGCCAUCAACCGUUUGUUCACCAUAUCACAGGGCAACAUAGCAACACGGGACUGGCUCACGGAGUGGCAGAAGAUUGCGGUUGUGCCCAAUCUGAACCUACCAUUCGAGCAUCUACGCCGUGAGUUCUACAACAGGUCCUGUGCGGCAUUGAGCCAGGCUCUUGGUGAUCGUGAGCAGUACUCAACCUUCACGGAGAUCAUUGGCAAAGCGAGGGAGAUCAUCAAGACCAACAGUUCAGCUGCACACGAGAAAUCAACAUCAUGGCAGUCGACCUAUGUGGAGAAGGUGCGAACUGGUCCGCGACAGUAGCACUUCGCUGCAGUCCAGCAGGACAGUGGAAAUAACCCAGCAGCCAAUCCAGUAUCAAGUGACAGAGAUCAGGCGGCCGCUUUCCAGCCGCGAAGCACCAACAAGUCCCGCAACAAUGGGAAGGCGAAAUCCGCAUCGCAGGCCGGAAACGGACCGCCAGGACAGUUUCCAUGGGUCAAGUUUGGCUUGACCGAGGCGGAGUAUAAGAUCCGCGGCCGCUACGGCAGCUGCUAUUGGUGCAACAACACUAAGCACAAGACCUC